AUGGAAACCAUCAAAAUCUCAUCGUCGACUAUUCUAGAUCAUGAUAACUCGGCACCAGCCCGGGGAGAUCAUCGGACGGGACAAAAGCCGAGGCAGACAAAGAGUCGAAAUGGUUGCAUCACCUGCAAGACAAAGCGGUUGAAGUGCGAUGAAAUCAAACCAUCAUGUCGGCAAUGUGAGAGACGCAAGGUCCAAUGCGGGGGGUACAGAAAAGACUUCAAAUGGCGGCCAUUCGGGGAGACCAAAGGCAAGAAAGCUAACUCUCCCUCCAAUCAGCCCCCAUGUAUCGUCGAUGUUGGUAUCCCAAGUCCUCCAACGACGGAAAAGCCGGCAUCUCCAAUUCGUAUAAAGUCAUAUAAUCCUCGUGGCUUCCAUACGCCCCCGUGUUCUCCGCUACAUAGUCCACCCAUCAGCAUUGACAGUUUCUUGUCUACUGAUCACCACACCGUUGACGAUCUGUUCAUGGUGCAAGAGGAUGUCUCCAUGACUAAUUGCAAUACGUCUCCCUUCAAUGUUGAUGUGUCACUGUCGGCCGAGUCCCCGCGUUACGACUUUCUGCCUUAUUUUGAACCCUUCCAAGGUUCUCCGUCGCUUGCCGAGUCGUUGGUAUCAGAUGCUGAUGUAUUUCCGGGGUCAAAUAUUCCUUUCAUUUCAGAACAGCCAGCGGAACCCAGCUUCUCCCAGCUUUUGGAGGAUGAGAAUGAUAAUAUUGAAGAAAUCAUUCGGCAGUCAGAUCCAGGACUUGGACCGUGGAACUUGAGCUUGCCUGAUGAAGAUGUUUUCGCUUUCGACACUCUGAGGAUCCCGAGCCGCCCACCUCUGCCAAUGGACAGUUCGGAAAUGCUCGUGCUCCGGUUUGACAAAUUGACGUGCGGUAUCCUGUCUGUGAAAGACGGUGCAUUAGAGAACCCCUGGCGGACCCUGAUCUGGCCAUUAGCAAAGGACGCACCCGCACUUCGCCAUUCCAUUUUUGCUCUCGCGGCCUUCCACGCGGGCAAGCAAAAUCCUCAUCUUCGUGCGCAGGGAGUCAAGCAUAUGCGCCAGAGCAUGAACUGUCUAGCCCGACAGGCUCAGAAUAUGAGACCUGAUGCUGCCUUGGCUACCAGCCUGGCGUUGGCAUUUGCAGACACAUGGGAUCAACACACCCGAACGUGUAUUCAGCACCUAAGAGGCGCAAAAGCAUUGAUGAGCCAGGUCAUUGCAGCUGGAAUGCAACAGAGCAUCAGGGACGACGAGCUCGAUCGCAUCCGAUUUUUGUACAACACAUGGUCUUACAUGGAUGUCAUUUCCCGAUUGACUUCUUUGGAGGAAUGUGGACCGCAAAGCUGGGAUUCUUCAGUCUUUGAGCUUCCUGGUGAUGCGGUUCAUGAUAUCGAUCCAUUGAUGGGUUGUGCAACUACCCUGUACCCCCUAAUGAGCCAGGUAGCGACGCUCAUCCAGCAUGUGCGAAAAACACCAUCGAACACAGUAUCGGUUGUGGCUCAGGCUAUGGAGCUGAAGGAUCGUCUGGAGCAAUGGAAUCCACCACGCUGGUUUGAGCCACCUGAUGAUCCUCAUUCAGAGGUUCAACAUAGUAUCCAAGUGGCACAUGCAUAUCGCUGGGCUACGUUGCUGUAUCUGCACCAAGCUGUCCCAGAGAUUCCUUCCGAGCCGGCUGAUGAAUUAGCCAAGAGAGUCUUGAUACUCCUUGCUACUGUUCCCUACACCUCCCGAACUACUAUCAUCCAGAUGUUCCCUCUUUUGGCUGCUGGGGCUGAGGUUGAUACCGAUGAUGAUCGAAAAUGGGUUUUGGGCCGAUGGUCCACAAUUCAGUCUCGGCUGAUGCUAGGUGGCGUCGACCGCUGCUUGGAGGUUUUGAAAGAGGUCUGGAAACGCCGUGAUGCAAUGAAUUCUAAAAGAGGGAGCCAACUCGCAGGGUCGCUACGGACUAGUUCUGUCUCGGCUUACGACAAAGAGACCACUGGUUUUGACAAUAAUUACAGUGUGCACGGUUUCCAGGACCCGACAAAAGGUAUAUCGGGCCGAAAUGCGUCGAGAUCUGCCCGAAGGGGUUCGGCUCUUGCCUCACUUGACAAUAUCGAACAUGAGAGAACUGUGCGUGGCAAGUCACAUUGGGUGAAUGUCAUGGCUGACUGGGGAUGGGAAGGUCAGUUUGUCCUCUGCCAAACGCAUUCAUCAUUCUAG